UAAAGGAUCGCGAAAGUUUCCGUGUUUCCCCUCCAUAAUGGACGGCAACAGUUCGGACAAUAGCCACUCCUGCAGCGAAAUCGGUGGAGGAAGCUGGUCGCAGGGCUGGGAACACGAAAUAAGUUCUUUAUCGGGUUUAAAUUUGGGGAGCAGUCUUGGAUUACAAGGUCUUGUGGACGACAAAGAGAUAGCAGCACGUGCUGUGGCAUUUGUGGUGAAUAGCACUCGGAAAGGAAUCGUCCCCUUAUGUUCUGAUAUUGCCAACCUGCUACGCUCAAAACAGAGUUUGGAGAAGAAGAUACUGCUGUUACGUCAAGAGAAUGAGUUCCUUCGCUCAUCGCAGUCUGGAAGUGUACUCACAAGUCACUCCACGAGUCCCAUCCCAGCGUCCUUGAACUCCUACGACAAGGGCGCCUACCCUGCUGACCAACAGCACAACGGGGACGGCCCAGGUUCUCGACCUUCCUCUCGUUGCAGCCAGUGCUGCAGUACGCUCAGUAACUCUCCAAAACUGGACAAAGGUCAAGGGUACCUGACCUCUGACUUCCAAUCCAGCUCGCCCUCUGGUGGUGACCCCUUGCAUCAGACUGACUGUGAGAAGGAUCAAAAUGGAGUCAUUACAGAGGCCAUAGUUCAUGUGGGGUCAGGUGGAGUGGAGAAUGGUCGCUCCAGUCGGGCACCACACUCCCGACGGAAAAAUCUCCUUCCUGAAAUGACAUCGGAACCAAAUGGAGAUCUCCCCAAGAUAACGCCAGCUGUAAAGACAAUCUCUAGAGAGACUCAGUGUUCGUUUUCCCGAAAACGCGAUCAGGGUGUGGGAACUACAAAAGAGUCAGAUAAGCAAGUGUCAAAAGAGAAAUCCUUGGUGGAAGAUCUAGGGGCUGCCAGAAAGGAGAUUGAAAUAUUGAAAGCAAGAUUGAAAGAAUUAGAGAUGAGAGAGGAUCGUGUUCCGAAGUAUUUUGUAGAAAAUGAAGUCAAGUCAUCAGAGAAGCCAGUAACGCCGGCAAAACCACAGAAGAUUUGUGGUCAACCUUCAAGUCCCUCUGGCACCUCUUAUGGCAAACCCAAGCCACUCCCGAAGCAGUUACGUUUGACCUCGAUGUCAGAACCUCUCAACUCCCAGCAUACAUCAGACAACUUCCUGCCUGGCUGCAAGUGUAAGCAGUGUCAGUCUGGCGACCCAACAGAGUCGUCUCCCUCAGCCACAUCAGAGGCGCACAGAAUUCGAGUAAACGGCAAAUUAGAGGUCAAAUUAGGCGACCAUGUGCUCACCAAAGACGAGGCCACUGGUUACAUUCGCUACUUGGGUCACCUUGACGGAGUGGAUGACAGAGAGGUUAUCUACGCUGGACUAGCUCUGGACGCCCCAGUUGGAAAGAAUGAUGGUUUUGUGAAUGGCAACCGCUACUUCAUGUGCAACCGAGACCAUGGGUUAUUCCUGCCAGUUCAAGACAUAGUCUGUGCAGUGCCUAGCAAGGAUUCCAACAAAGUCAGUAACUCCCGUAUUACCAACAUAACCCCGGAGGAAAGCAAGCAAGGGGCUCAAUCAAAAGCUUCGCGAAAAUCUGCAGAAAAAUCACAGAAAAAAGUAUUAAGCGAAUCUCAGCCACAUAGUAAACUGGGGGAGCGAAUCGUGUCCAUGCUGCAGAAACCUGGAAAACCCAGUGACCAAAGCAUGUCGUCCCACAUCACUGGAAAAAAUGAAAAGGAGGCGGCUGUCUCAAACCCCGCCAAACCCAUCGCAAGGGGAGAUAAGCGUUGGUUGGCACCGUACACGGAAAUAGCCAUAACAUCUAGGUACGAAGGCUACAGGGAAGGGCCUGUGGUGUAAUGAAAGCUUUGAAGCCUGUUCUGAGAGCUCCUGCACUAAGCGAUCAUAGCCUAAGUUGACUGUAACUACCAUGGCAACAUAUGCUUCUAACAACGUUGUCAUGGUAGUUACAGUCAGUUUAGCCUACGAUCGCUUUGUGAAUAUGGCCGCUGAUGGUGAAGUACCCUAUUGAUCCAAGGAUGGUCUCAUUUUGUUACAUAUUAAACAUGCUGUGUCAUACCUGCAGAAAAUCUGCGAUGUCAAACAUUGAAGAAAAAUGUGAUCUAUAAUGUUUGCAACUUUUGUGCAUUCUGUUUGUUUGUUUUAUUGAUACUGAAGUUUUCAGUUAAAUCUGCAUGUGUUAGAUCAGAGACUUGGCAUGGCAUCAACCCUGUGAAGCAGAUAAUGCACCCAUCCCUGACCUUUGGCCUAUUAGUAGUAGUAAUAGUGAUAUAGGUGCUAUGUGUUCAACCAGUGGACCAUUCUACUUCUUUCAGAAAAUGGGAGGGUUAAGGUGAUGGUCCUGAAAUUGAAUGCAUGUAACUUAAUAUUAAGCAUAUGAAAUCAGUUUGAUUCCUGCACAAAUACAUAAUUCACAGAUUUUCUCUAUUAAGUUAAAAGUUUUUUUUCUUUUUGUGGAUUUUACAGGUAAAAUUUUUUUUCAUAAAAAUGAAAGAAUGUUGUCCUCCUUCAAAGUUUCAGCACUUUUCAGUACUUGGCAUGGUAUCAACUGCACAAAUACAUAAUUCCCAGAUUUUCUCUUUCAAGUUCAAGGCUUUCUUCUUUUGUGGAUUUUACAGGUAAAAUCUUUUCACAAGGGAUUAAAAGAAUCUUGUGCUACUUGGACGUUUCAACCCUUUUCUGUGCUGUAGUGAACACUUCACUUGUGGGCGUCUUUGCACAAGGCUUUCUAUUUGUUUAUUAUUGAAUUUUUAUUUUAAACAUUUAUCAGCAGUAGCUCAAAGUCUGUAUGAAAUCAGUUUUACAACACGAUCAAUCUUGUCUCAUUUUCACAAUGUUUUUAUUUAUUUUUGUUGUUUAUUUUGUCAUAUUGUAUAAUAGAGUUGUAGGUAAAGUUAGGUGCCUUGCGGUGUUCUUGUGUUUCGUGGUGUUGUUUCGUCUACAAGAAGUGCAUGGAAAAUGAUUCAUCUGAACUCUGUUCUCAUGAAGACUGAAAAUAGUUUUUGGUAUAGCUUUCAAAUAUCUACCCACUGCUUCCUUUUUUUUUUUAUUUGUUUUCUCUCUAAAAACAAGUCUUGAGUUUGAAGUUGUAUUAAAACUGAAUAGUAACAAAGUAUGAGUGAGGUUGAAUGUGGUAAAGCCUUCCAGCAACCUGCAGAUGGCCGUAUGUGGUAAAGUCUUCCAGCAGCCUGCAUAUGGUCGUAUGUGGUAAAGUCUUCCAGCAACCUGCGGGUGGUCGUAUGCGGUAAAGUCUUCCAGCAACCUGCAGGUGGUCGUAUGCGGUAAAGUCUUCCAGCAACCUGCAUAUGGUCAUAUGUGGUAAAGUCUUCCAGCAACCUGCAGGUGGUCGUAUGUGGUAGAGUCCUCCAGCAACCUGCAUAUGGUCAUAUGUGGUAAAGUCUUCCAGCAACCUGCAGGUGGUCGUA